UUCCUCACAUCCUCCCCUCACAAUAGGUGUCUCGCUCUCUCCGCAAUGACUUCUAGCUCUGCCGAUGUAUAUGCCCAAGAGCUCCGCAGACAUGGGCAUGGCGAACCACUGUGGUUCCCUGAGCCUGUAGUAAAGUUCGGUGAGGUUCUUAUCGGGGACGUUGGAUACCUAGACGACGGAGGCUUCUACCGUCUCUUCAACGUUCUUCGCCCAGCGGACGACCCCAUCAACGUGCGGGGUGUUCCCAAAGGAUUCGUCCCUCUGGAAUAUGACGAAUAUCGCUUUUUGCACACGACAGACAACUUCCUCGCCUCAAACCCGAUCUACAGCCAGUCUAUGUCUUGUGUCUCAGCAGGAACGGCAAUGACAGUCAAGAAUGCCGGAUUUUCGUACACGUUUAAAUGUCACAGGGAGCAGGGAGCCGUCGUGAUUCCAGGCGCCUCGCUGACGUCUUCCCGUGUGCACAAGUGCUCACAAUUCCCUGAGUACAUGCGAACUCACCACGAGUCUUGGUACGCUUUCGCGAAAGACGAUCUGAAGCUCAUAAUCAAACCGGAGGACAUAAUAUUGGUAUACGGCUGCGUCAAGACGGACAGCUGGGCCCUUGCUGCAGCGCGAAAUUGCGGCGAAUCACACACAAUGUCAUUCUCUGCGAAGGAAGUUCCGUUCGUCGAUUUUGCCUUCGACCUUGAUUGCACGAACGAUAUACGAGCGUCAGCCGAGCAUCGCGUCAGUCCGCCACUCAAGGACGGAGAGGCUAGACAGGACCAGUGUUUGUUCCUCCGCUAUUUCAGGAUGCGUAGAGCGCUGCCUCUCAUGCGCUUGAAACCGAAGGCACAAGCGGAGCCUCGGGAUCCGCAACCAUGGAAUGACACGGAAAGCUCUGCAGGUCAGUGA